AUGUUUGUUCUUCCACCUCCGCCUCGGUACCCGACACAGGCUGCCUACAAUGCGGCUCUUGCGGGUGGGCACAUUGCCCCCAUGAUCGAGACCAACAACAUCCUGUCGCAUCCUACAGGCCCAGAAUACCAGUUUCUGGUCGGUGAAGUCGAGGAUCUCCUGCUGACCCGUGUUCAAACUCCCCCAGGUCUUUACGUUCUGAAGGAGGACCUACAUCUGGCGACUCCCCCACCUCACCCCUCCGAAGCCCCUAUCGUCAAUCCAAAUCCUCUCGCAACCACACCGCAGCCAGCUAGUGCCGGUACAAAGGUAUCUCUUCUUUCAUUCGAAGGCCGGCCGACCUCAUCUACACCGAACAAGCCCUUCGGGCUGGCCCUUCGCCCUGGCUACGCGCAGGGAACCAUCCCAGAACAUCCACACGAGAGCGACACCGAGGCUCGUUUGAGCAGUGUCGAUGGCCGGACCAGUGCAAGCGAUGCCUUCCUAGGAAGCGCUCCGGCCUUCGGCGAAGGCAACGCUCACUUGUCUCCAGUCAACGCCAAGGAUGCUGGCAAGAAGAGGAAACCGAAGAACAACAUGACCAAGAGCAAUUCUUCCUUCAUAUCACGAGUCAUCGUCCACGAAAACCUCUCCAAGAGACUGCAGGACCGCCCUGCAGAUGGACUUUUCGCCUUUGCCAACAUCAACCGUGCUUUCCAGUGGCUAGAUCUCUCAUCCGAGAAAAAGGCGGAUUAUCUGACCAAGAUCCUGUUCACGAAAGCACACUGCCUUUGUCACGAUGUCAACAAAGUGACCAAAUCACUCCAGCAUAUCGACGUGAUCAUGGGGUUCUCCACGGGAGAGAUCAUUUGGUGGGAGCCUGUCUCGCAGAGAUAUACGAGGUUGAAUAAGAAUGGGGCUAUCAAUGGAACGCCCGUCUCAGAGAUCCGAUGGAUACCAGGCUCAGAGAACCUGUUCCUAGCUGCUCACAUGGAUGGAUCCCUGGUAGUGUAUGACAAGGAGAAAGAAGACGCCAUGUUCACGCCGGGCGAGGAAGAGGCAGCGCAGGAGAACGGGGAAGCCGAGCCUGCGAACGGUGUAAAGAACGGGGUCAAAAACGGAAUCAACCACACUACACAGAUUCAGGUCCAUAAAUCGGUCACCUCGAAGAACCAGAAGACGAACCCUGUGGCUUUCUGGAAACUCUCAAACCAGCGUAUCAACGCCUUUGCUUUCUCACCAGACAACCGCCAUCUGGCCGUCGUGUCAGAGGACGGCACUCUGAGGAUCAUCGAUUACCUGAAAGAAGAGCUUCUCGAGUUGUUUUACUCCUACUAUGGUGGGCUCAUUUGCGUCUGCUGGUCUCCAGACGGCAAAUAUGUUCUCACUGGCGGGCAAGAUGAUCUCAUUUCCAUCUGGUGUCCCAGCGAGUCGGCCCUCAUCGCAAGAUGUCAAGGUCACCACUCCUGGGUCACAUCAGUCGCGUUUGACCCCUGGCGAUGUGAUGACAAGAUCUACCGCUUCGGCAGUGUAGGAGAGGACUGCAGGUUGUGUUUGUGGGAUUUCAGUGUUGGCAUGCUUCACAGACCAAAAGCAGUAGCGGCUUCAAUCCGGCACCGAGGCUCGAUGGGUCCGCCGAUACAACGAACAGAGACCCAAACGAGCCGCUUGCGCUCCGAUUCCAACAUUUCUACACAGGCUGAUGAUGAAGAAGACGAUGAGGAGAAGAUCUUGCCUCACCCAGUCGAACCCCGAGCACGGACAGCGACAUUGCCUCCAGUCUGUUCUCAAAACCUCGACAAGGACCCCCUUUGCUGGCUUGAGUUCACUCAAGAUGCUAUCAUCACAAGCUGCAAAUCAGGCCAUCUUCGAACUUGGAACAGGCCAACAGACCAUGUUGGUCAGCCAUAG